UGAUUCAGUUUGGGACUAGUUAAUGAAAAGUGUAAAGGCCCAUCAAAAGCCCAUCAAGUACACUACUGACCAAAGUAAAAGCUAGUGAGAGAGCCAUUCCAGGCUUGCCAUCUCCGCCGUUUGUUGCUGACACUCUCCUCCUCUUUGCCUUCCAUCUCGAUCAUCGUCCCUAGUCAUGUCGGAGAAAGGAGGAAAAGGGUUCAAAUCUUCUCUCAAAUCCUCUUAUGGACCCGGCAAGGAUGAUAACUCAACCAAGUCCAAGAAGACAAGGAAAGUCCAAUUUGAUCCUCAAGGCCCACGAGAGUCCAAGUACACGUUUCUUCAAGACUCUGAUGAACAGAUUCAAGGUUCUUCUGCUAAAGGUGGGAAGGGAAGCAAGGCUAGGAAGAGUACUCUGUCUAAAGAGUCUCAGCCGCUUGAGCUUAAGACUGAUAAGGAGCUUCCGGAGAAUGCAAAGUGCUUGAUGGAUUGUGAAGCUUUUGAGAUUCUGCAAGGCAUCAAGGAGCAAAUGGCUGUGCUAUCUGAAGAUCCUAGCUUAAAGCUUCCUGUGUCUUUCGACAGAGGACUGGAGUAUGUGAAGUAUGGUCGUUGCUACAUGAAUCCUCAGUCUGUCAGACAGAUCCUUGAGCCUCUGAAAAAGCAUGGUGUUUCUGAAAGCGAGAUGUGUGUGAUUGCCAAUGUCUGUCCAGAAAGCAUUGAUGAAGUCUUUGCUUUUGUUCCAUCCAUGAAGGGAAGAAAAGACAAGAUCAGUGAGCCCUUAGAAGAGGCAUUGAUGAAGCUCUCCAAGCUCAAAAGAUCUGCUUAAUAGUAACUUAAGGAUGUUUAAGUUGGGCUUGGGUUUUUUUCUUUUGGCAUGAUAAUGAAUCUACUACGCAAGGGUCGGGUGUUGUAAAUGAUCUAAUGAUGUGACAACAACAUUUGAUGUAAGUUUUAAUCGUUUCCUUACAAUGCUAUGGAAUGUUCUUAAAUCAUCAAGCA